CACUUCCUGUGCCUUCCGUCCUCCUCUCGGUAGAUUACUACUUCCUGUCAGGGCGCUCUGAUAGGACUGGGUCCUGGCGCUCGCCUCUGAGGGGGAUUGUAUGCUCCUCUAUGGUGAUUGCAGCUCCUGUGCCGGUAUCUGUGCUCUGGGUAAUGAUCAGUAGAGAAAUGGCGAUCCACUGGAAAAAAGGCCUUCUGUUUGCAUUGUGCACUUUAUCCUACGUUGAAUGUUUCGCGGCCGAUGAAAUACCGGAUGAGUGGAUGCUUCUCCAUGUGGUCCAGGGACAAAUAGGUGCAGGAAACUACAGUUACCUGAGACUUAACCAUGAAGGAAGGAUAAUACUGGAGAUGAGGAGCCUGAAAGGUGAUGCAGACAUUUAUGUUUCUGCUUCAACCCUUAAUCCCAAUUUUGAUGACUACGAGCUCCAAUCUACAACAUGUGGCCUGGAUACAGUAGUUGUCCCAGACCAUUUUAACCGCCCAGUGGGAAUUGGAAUUUAUGGGCAUCCCUCUUCUCUCGAGAGUGAAUUUGAAAUUAAAGUAUAUUAUGACAGAACUAUUCAAGAGGACCCUUUUGCCGAUGCCUCAUAUGACCCCGAACUCCUAGAGGCAAGUCGCAAACCACAAAAACAAGCCCCACAGGACGCACCUCAGGAGGAGGAAUCUAUGAUACGAACUAUAUUAAUAGGCAUUCUCAAGAUUGUUCUAGAGAUACUUUUCUAAGUGCUAAUAUUUGUAUUCUCUAACAAAUUGAUUUCUACUUCUACGAGAACUGGAAUAUUUAGAAAUAAAGGACAACAUCCAGGAUGUAAGACGCA